AUGUUGCCCGCUGUGCCCCUGGCGAAGGCGAAGAGGUGGAGGUCAAAGGGAGCUCGAGCGGCUGCUGCUGCUCCUCCGAGGCUGCGUCUGCUUCCACCUCAUUACACUCUACACAGAGAAGCCACCACUUUACGUCCGCUCCACUUCGACUUCAGCAUCUCCUGCAGCUUUGAGAUGAUUGAUGGAACAUACAGACCAACCAACUACCACAACAACAGACCGAACAACUACCACAACAACAGACCAACCAACUACCACAACAGCAGACCGAACAACUACCACAACAACAGACCAACCAACUACCACAACAACAGACCAACCCACUACCACAACAGCAGACCAACCAACUACCACAACAACAGACCAACCAACUACCACAACAACAGACCGAACAACUACCACAACAACAGACCAACCAACUACCACAACAACAGACCAACCAACUACCACAACAACAGACCAACCAACUACCACAACAACACACCAACCAACUACCACAACAACAGACCAACCAACUACCACAACAACAGACCAACCAACUACCACAACAACAGACCAACCAACUACCACAACAACAGACCAACCAACUACCACAACAACAGACCAACCAACUACCACAACAACAGACCAACCAACUACCACAACAACAGACCAACCAACUCCCACAACAACAGACCAACCCACUACCACAACAACAGACCAAACAACUACCACAACAACAGACCAACCAACUACCACAACAACAGACCAACCAACUACCACAACAACAGACCGAUCAACUACCACAACAACAAACCAACCAACUACCACAACAACAGACCGAACAACUACCACAACAACAGACCAACCAACUACCACAACAACAGACCAACCAACUCCCACAACAACAGACCAACCAACUACCACAACAACAGACCAACCAACUACCACAACAGCAGACCAACCAACUACCACAACAACAGACCGAACAACUACCACAACAACAGACCAACCAACUACCACAACAACAGACCGAACAACUACCACAACAACAGACCAACCCACUCCCACAACAACAGACCAACCCACUACCACAACAACAGACGAAACAACUACCACAACAACAGACCAACCAACUACCACAACAACAGGCCGAAAAACUACCACAACAACAGACCAACCAACUACCACAACAACAGACCAACCAACUACCACAACAGUAGACCAACCAACUACCACAACAACAGACCAACCAACUACCACAACAACAGACCAACCCACUACCACAACAGCAGACCAACCAACUACCACAACAACAGACCAACCAACUCCCACAACAACAGACCGAACAACUACCACAACAACAGACCAACCAACUACCACAACAACAGACCGAACAACUACCACAACAACAGACCAAACAACUACCACAACAACAGACCAACCAACUACCACAACAACAGACCAACCAACUACCACAACAACAGACCAACCAACUACCACAACAGCAGACCAACCAACUACCACAACAACAGACCGAACAACUACCACAACAACAGACCAACCAACUACCACAACAACAGACCAAACAACUACCACAACAACAAACCAACCAACUACCACAACAACAGACCAACCAACUACCACAACAACAGACCAACCAACUACCACAACAGCAGACCAACCAACUACCACAACAACAGACCGAACAACUACCACAACAACAGACCAACCCACUCCCACAACAACAGACCAACCCACUACCACAACAACAGGCCGAACAACUACCACAACAACAGACCAACCAACUACCACAACAACAGACCAACCAACUACCACAACAGUAGACCAACCAACUACCACAACAGCAGACCAACCAACUACCGCUACAGAAGACCAACCCACUACCACAACAACAGACCACCCAACUACCACAAGAGUAGACUAACCAACUACCACAACAACAGACCAACCCAUUACCACAACAACAACACCAACCAACUACCACAACAACAGACCAACCAACUACCACAACAGCAGACCAACCAACUACCGCUACAGAAGACCAACCCACUACCACAACAACAGACCAACCAACUACCACAAGAACCAACCCACUACCACAACAACAGACCAACCCACUACCACAACAACAGACCAACCAACUACCACAACAACAGACCAACCCACUACCACAACAGCAGACCAACCAACUACCACAACAACAGACCAACCAACUCCCACAACAACAGACCGAACAACUACCACAACAACAGACCAACCAACUACCACAACAACAGACCGAACAACUACCACAACAACAGACCAAACAACUACCACAACAACAGACCAACCAACUACCACAACAACAGACCAACCAACUACCACAACAACAGACCAACCAACUACCACAACAGCAGACCAACCAACUACCACAACAACAGACCGAACAACUACCACAACAACAGACCAACCAACUACCACAACAACAGACCAAACAACUACCACAACAACAAACCAACCAACUACCACAACAACAGACCAACCAACUACCACAACAACAGACCAACCAACUACCACAACAGCAGACCAACCAACUACCACAACAACAGACCGAACAACUACCACAACAACAGACCAACCAACUACCACAACAACAGACCGAACAACUACCACAACAACAGACCAACCCACUCCCACAACAACAGACCAACCCACUACCACAACAACAGACGAAACAACUACCACAACAACAGACCAACCAACUACCACAACAACAGGCCGAACAACUACCACAACAACAGACCAACCAACUACCACAACAACAGACCAACCAACUACCACAACAGUAGACCAACCAACUACCACAACAGCAGACCAACCAACUACCGCUACAGAAGACCAACCCACUACCACAACAACAGACCAACCAACUACCACAAGAGUAGACUAACCAACUACCACAACAACAGACCAACCCAUUACCACAACAACAGACCAACCAACUACCACAACAACAGACCAACCAACUACCACAACAGCAGACCAACCAACUACCGCUACAGAAGACCAACCCACUACCACAACAACAGACCAACCAACUACCACAAGACAGACCAACCAACUACCACAACAACAGACCAACAAAUUACCACAACAACAGACCAACCAACUACCACAAGAAGUAGACUAACCAACUACCACAACAACAGACCAACCCACUACCACAACAACAGACCAACCAACUACCACAGCAACAGACCAACCAACUACCACAACAACAGACCAACCAACUACCACAAGAGUAGACUAACCAACUACCACAGCAACAGACCAACCAACUACCACAACAACAGACCAACCAACUACCACAACAACAGACCAACCAACUAUCGCAACAACAGACCAACCAACUACCACAACAACAGACCAACCAACUACCACAACAACACAAGACCAACCAACUACCACAACAACAGACCAACCAACUACCACAACAACAGACCAACCAACUACCACAACAACAGACCAACCAACUACCACAACAACAGACCAACCAACUACCACAGCAACAGACCAACCAACUACCACAACAACAGACCAACCAACUACCACAAGAGUAGACUAACCAACUACCACAGCAACAGACCAACCAACUACCACAACAACAGACCAACCAACUACCACGACAACAGACCAACCAACUACCACAACAACAGACCAACCAACUACCACAACAGCAGACCAACCAACUACCACAACAACAGACCAACCAACUACCACAACAACAGACCAACCAACUACCACAACAACAACCAACCAACUACCACAACAACAGACCAACCAACUACCACAACAGCAGACCAACCAACUACCACAACAACAGACCAACCAACUACCACAACAACAGACCAACCAACUACCACAACAGCAGACCAACCAACUACCACAACAACAGCACCACUACCAAACACACAACAACUACCACAACAACAGACCAACCAACUACCACAACACACCAACAACACCACAACACAGACCAACCAACUACCACAACAACAGACCAACCAACUACCACAACAACAGACCAACCAACCCACAACAACAGACCAACCAACUACCACAACAACAGACCAACCAACUACCACAACAACAGACCAACCAACUACCACAACAACAGACCAACCCAACUACCACAACAACAGACCAACCAACUACCACAACAACAGACCAACAACUACACAACACACCAACCAACUACCACAACAACAGACCAACCAACUACCACAACAACAGACCAACCAACUACCACAACAACAGACCAACAACUACCACAACAACAGACCAACCAACUACCACAACAACAGACCAACCAACUACCACAACAACAGACCAACCAACUACCACAACAACAGACCAACCAACUACCAACAACAGCAGACCAACCAACUACCACAACAACAGACCAACCAACUACCACAACAGCAGACCAACCAACUACCACAACAACAGACCAACAAACUACCACAACAACAGACCAACCAACUACCACAAGAUAGACCAACCAACUACCACAACAACAGACCAACCAACUACCACAACAACAGACCAACCCACUACCACAAGAGUAGACUAACCAACUACCACAGCAACAGACCAACCAACUACCACAACAACAGACCAACCAACUACCGCAACAGAAGACCAACCCACUACCACAACAACAGACCAACCAACUAUCGCAACAGAAGACCAACCAACUACCACAAGAGUAGACUAACCAACUACCACAACAACAGACAAACCAACUACCACAACAGAAGACCAACCAACUACCACAAGAGUAGACUAACCAACUACCACAACAACAGACCAACCAACUAUCGCAACAGAAGACCAACCAACCAGAAUAGACUAACCAACUACCACAACAACAGACAAACCAACUACCACAACAGAAGACCAACCAACUACCACAACAACAGACCAACCAACUACCACAACAACAGACCAACCAACUACCGCAACAGAAGACCAACCAACUACCACAACAGCAGACCAACCAACUACCACAACAACAGACCAACCAACUACCGCAACAGAAGACCAACCAACAAGAGUAGACCAACCAACUACCACAACAACAGACCAACCAACUACCACAACAGCAGACCAACCAACUACCACAACAACAGACCAACCAACUACCGCAACAGAAGACCAACCAACUACCGCAACAGAAGACCAACCAACUACCACAACAGCAGACCAACCAACUACCACAACAACAGACCAACCCACUACCACAACAACAGACCAACCAACUCCCACAACAACAGACCAACCAACUACCACAACAGCAGACCAACCAACUACCACAACAGCAGACCAACCAACUACCACAACAGCAGACCAACCAACUACCACAACAACAGACCAACCAACUACCGCAACAGAAGACCAACCAACUACCACAACAACAGACCGACCAACUACCACAACAACAGACCAACCAACUACCGCAACAGAAGACCAACCAACUACCGCAACAGAAGACCAACCAACUACCACAACAGCAGACCAACCAACUACCACAACAACAGACCAACCCACUACCACAACAACAGACCAACUAACUACCACAACAGCAGACCAACCAACUACCACAACAACAGACCAACCAACUACCGCAACAGAAGACCAACCAACUACCACAACAGCAGACCAACCAACUACCACAACAACAGACCAACCAACUACCACAACAGUAGACCAACCAACUACCACAACAACAGACCAACCAACUACCGCAACAGAAGACCAACCAACUACCGCAACAGAAGACCAACCAACUACCACAAGAGUAGACUAACCAACUACCACAAUAACAGACCAACCAACUACCACAAUAGAAGACCAACCAACUACCACAACAACAGACCAACCCACUACCACAACAACAGACUAACCAACUACCGCAACAGAAGACCAACCAACUACCACAACAACAGACUAACCAACUACCGCAACAGAAGACCAACCAACUACCGCAACAGAAGACCAACCAACUACCACAAGAGUAGACUAACCAACUACCACAAUAACAGACCAACCCACUACCACAACAGCAGACCAACCAACUACCGCAACAGAAGACCAACCAACUACCGCAACAGAAGACCAACCAACUACCACAACAACAGACCAACCAACUACCACAACAACAGACCAACCCACUACCACAACAGAAGACCAACCAACUACCGCAACAGUAGACCAACCAACUACCACAACAACAGACCAACCAACUACCACAACAACAGACCAACCCAUUACCACAACAACAGACCAACCAACUACCAAAACAACAGACCAACCAACUACCACAACAGCAGACCAACCAACUACCAAAACAACAGACCAACCAACUACCACAACAGCAGACCAACCAACUACCACAACAGCAGACCAACCAACUACCACAAUAGAAGACCAACCCAAUACCACAAGAGUAGACUAACUAACUACCACAACAACAGACCAACCCACUACCACAACAGAAGACCAACCAACUACCGCAACAACAGACCAACCAACUACCACAACAGCAGACCAACCAACUACCACAACAGCAGACCAACCAACUACCACAACAGCAGACCAACCAACUACCACAACAGCAGACCAACCAACUACCACAACAGCAGACCAACCAACUACCACAACAACAGACCAACCAACUACCACAACAACAGACCAACCAACUACCACAACAGCAGACCAACCAACUACCACAACAGCAGACCAACCAACUACCACAAUAGAAGACCAACCCAAUACCACAAGAGUAGACUAACUAACUACCACAACAACAGACCAACCAACUACCACAAUAGAAGACCAACCCAAUACCACAACAACAGACCAACCAACUACCACAACAACAGACCAACCAACUACCACAACAACAGACCAACCCACUACCACAACAACAGACUAACCAACUACCAAAACAGAAGACCAACCAACUACCACAACAGCAGACCAACGAACUACCACAACAGCAGACCAACCAACUACCGCAACAGAAGACCAACCAACUACCACAACAGCAGACCAACCAACUACCACAACAACAGACCAACCAACUACCGCAACAGAAGACCAACCCACUACCACAACAACAGACCAACCAACUAUCGCAACAGAAGACCAACCAACUACCACAAGAGUAGACUAACUAACUACCACAACAACAGACCAACCAACUACCACAACAGCAGACCAACGAACUACCACAAAAGCAGACCAACCAACUACCGCAACAGUAGACCAACCAACUACCACAACAGUAGACCAACCAACUACCACAACAGUAGACCAACCAACUACCACAACAGUAGACCAACCAACUACCACAACAACAGACCAACCAACUACCACAACAGCAGACCAACCAACUACCACAACAGCAGACCAACCAACUACCACAACAGUAGACCAACCAACUACCACAACAACAGACCAACCAACUACCACAACAACAGACCAACCAACUACCACAACAGUAGACCAACCAACUACCACAACAACAGACCAACCAACUACCACAACAACAGACCAACCAACUACCACAACAGCAGACCAACCAACUACCACAACAGUAGACCAACCAACUACCACAACAGCAGCCCAUUCAUGCAGAGAACUGAUUUGGUUAGAAUGUGGUUGCGAGCAGCACCGUGUGACGCAGGUGUGUGCCUCCGCUCUGCUCUGAACCACAUCUGA